UUGUGAAUUAUUAUUGGAUAAUUUAACAUUUGUAGCAAUAACAAUAAAGAUGAUUCAUAUUAAGUGAAGGAAGUCACUUUGCAAUUGGUAGACACACAACCAGUGUGUCCCUUUAAGUGGUCACAAUCUGGAAAACUUGGCACAAUCCAGUAAUUGUUCAAAACAGUUAUGAUCCUACUGGGAGGAACAGCAUCACCAUUAACGGAAUAUUUUUUUUCCAAAUCACAGCCAGAGCUGGAAGGUUAUCCCAACUUCUGAACUCUUGUUUUUCUUUUCACGUGCCAACAGAGGGAUGAAACGGAAAAGAACGUAUGCCUGUCACCACAGAAAUGAGUGAGCCGUCGUCCCUUCACUCGGUGAAGCUUGUUUCAUUGGCCCGAUCGCUGUCAGGGCUUGGGUUUGACGCCAUCAACGGAGGCCCUAUUACCCCACCUGACAAUGAUGAGCCCCCACUUCCGGAGUCUGGCAUCGAUCUAGGCCCUGGGCUUUUUUUUGCUGAUGGCAAAAGAAAAGUGGAUUACAUCCUUUGCUACAAAUACAAAAAAAGGCGGGGAUCCAAGGGGCGCCUUUCCAUUGCAUCCAAUGGGAGUAUACCAAUACAGAUAAAGGGGCGAUGGGAAGUAGAGGCAGAGUCUGGGGAGGCAGGGGCACCUGCAGGAGAGGUGGAAGAGCCAAAGCUGUCUGAUGAGGAAAAGGCUUUGAUGAGGGAGGAGUUUGAGGCAGGUCUCCUGGAAGCUGGACUACAGAUUGAGCGUGAUAAAGAGAGGUCAAACGGCAUGAGAUGUAUUCGGCUGCACAUCCCAUGGUUAAUUCUCAGUCGAGAAGCGGAGCUUCAGAAGAUCAAAGUUGCUGUGAAAAAGAAGUGUGAAUUGCGGAAACGGACGGGCAUUGCUGGGAUAUGGGAUAGCAUUGUGACCAAAGUCAACACACCGUUUCAACCAGACGUCCCGAACUUUGACAUCUACAAAGACUCACAGACUCACGUCCAUUUCAAAACACUCAAACACCCUUUUAUCAGAGACAAGCUCCACCUGUAUGACAUCAAGUCGACAGAAACUGUAUUUGACAAUGCAACACGAAGCAGAAUAGUGGCUGAGAUUAUUUCACGCACUACCUGCAGACAAACUUGCCAAACCACCGGCAUCAGCUCAUUAUUGGCUCGGGGUGUCUACGACUCUGCCUUCCCUCUGCAUGAUGGGUCGUUCACAAGGAGAGGAAGGAAAGAUCAGCGAAAUGACAGACAACUCCUCCAUGAAGAAUGGGCUAACUAUGGAGUCAUGCAUAAAUACCAGCCUGUGGAUCUGAUCAGGAAGUACUUUGGAGAGCAGAUUGGGUUGUAUUUUGCCUGGCUGGGUGUUUAUACUCAGCUUCUCAUCCCUCCCUCUGUACUGGGCAUCAUUGUCUUCCUGUAUGGCAUAUUCACUGUGGAUGUCAAUGUGCCAAGCCAGGAGACAUGUGAUGACAACCUGAACAUCACCAUGUGUCCACUGUGUGAUGGAGUGUGUGACUACUGGCGUCUGAGUACAGUGUGCUCACUGGCCCGGGCAUCGUACCUGUUUGACAACGGAGCCACUGUCUUGUUUGCUAUUUUCAUGUCUCUGUGGGCUGCCUGUUUUCUUGAGCACUGGAAGAGGCGACAGAUGUGUCUGAAACACACCUGGGAUCUGACUAGCUUGGAAGAUGAGGAGGAGAGAGUCCAGGAGGAGAUGAGGCCUGAAUAUGAAGAAGCUCUCCAGGAGAAAAAAGCUAAGAUGAAAGCAAAGUCAAAGAAAAAGUUGAAUCAAACAGGAGAUGGUGUAAAUGGAGAAACAGAUCGGAUGCUUGCCUCCCAGUCAGAGCCAGAGUCCCUGGAUGUUGAGGAUCACCUGUCAGGCUAUCUCAUCAAUGUGUCCGCCAUACUACUACUGAUCUUCGUAACGUUCUCGGCUGUGUUCGGAGUGGCAGUUUAUCGCAUCUGCAUGUUAAGCGUGUGGUCCAUGAAUCCGGAUCCUGAAGCCAAGGCUAGCGUAAGGAUGACCGUCACCACCACAGGGAUCAUCCUGAACAUGCUGGUUGUUCUGGUGUUGGAAGAGGUCUAUGGAGCGAUCGCCGUGUGGCUGACUGAACUGGAACUUCCCAAGACGAAGGAAGAGUUUGAGGAGAGGCUGAUCUUCAAGUCUUUCUUUCUUAAAUCCAUGAACGCCUUUGCACCUAUUUUCUAUGUGGCCUUCUUCAAGGGCAGGUUUGCUGGGCGGCCUGGUGAUUAUGUUUACGUCUUUGGGGACUAUCGCAUGGAGGAGUGUGCUCCACCUGGCUGCCUCAUCGAAUUGUGCAUCCAGCUCAGUAUGAUCAUGCUCGGAAAGCAGCUCAUCCAAAACAAUGUGUUUGAGGUUCUCAUACCUAAGCUGAAAAAGAUGUACAGAACAAUGCAAGAAGAAAAAGUAAAGAAAAGAGCAGCAGAAAAUAAUGAGGAGAAUGAAGAAGACAGUAGACCAAAGCAACAGUUUGACAAAGAUUUCACCCUUGAGCCCUUUGAAGGCGUGAGCCCAGAGUACAUGGAAAUGAUAAUCCAGUACGGGUUCGUGUCUCUGUUCGUGGCCUCUUUCCCACUGGCGCCAGCGUUCGCUCUGCUCAACAACGUCAUUGAGAUUCGCCUCGAUGCCGCAAAGUUUGUCACGGAGAUCCGACGUCCUGAUGCUGUGAGGUUAAAAGACAUAGGGAUUUGGUACAACAUUCUCUGUGGAAUCAGCAAGUUCUCUGUCAUUACCAAUGCGUUUGUCAUCUCCUUCACGUCAGAGUUUGUUCCACGAAUGGUUUACCAGUACAUGUACAGUGCAAAUGGCACUAUGAAUGGCUACACAGAGCACUCACUGUCCUACUUUAAUGUCAGCAACUUCCCACCGGGCACCGCGCCGACCACCACGCUCAUUACCGGAGUCUCCAUGUGCAGGUAUAAGGACUACAGAGAUCCACCAUGGGACCCAGACGCCUACACCUUCUCGAAACAGUACUGGUCUGUCCUGGCUGCAAAAUUGGCAUUUGUAAUAUUCUUCCAGAACCUUGCCAUGUUUCUCAGCAUGUUAGUCGCAUGGAUGAUCCCAGACGUGCCACGAUCUCUGCGUGAACAGCUAAAGAAAGAGAAUAUGAUGCUGAUGGAGUUUCUGCUGAAUCAGGACCAAGAAGCAUGUGGCAGAACUCACACCCCAAGACCUUCCAUCUCUUAUUUCCCCGCCAACAUAGACAUUGUAGUGGAGGCACCUCAGGAAGAACAAGACGAGCAGCAAAUGAAGGAGGAGGACGAAGCAGAAGAGAUUGAAAUCAAUCUGGAUGAACCCAGAAAGAACAACGACAGUGAUCCAGAGGUUGGGAGGCCGUUUGAAGAAGUUGUACAGGAUGGGCGAGGAGGUGAAAGAGAAGGUGAUGGUGGAGAAGUAGAAAGGGGAGAAAGGGAAAAAGAUGAAGAAGUGAAUGAAGAAGUUGGAAGGGGGGAUAAUGAGCAAGAGGGAGGAGAAGAAAAAGUGGAAGGAGGAAAGGAAGUGACGGCAGAAGAAGGGAAGGCAGAAGAAGUGAAGGCAGAAGGUGUGAAGGCAGAAGAAGUGAAAGAUGAAGAAGUGAAGGCAGAUGAAGUGAAGGCAGAAGAAGUGAAAGCAGAUGAAGUGAAGGCAGAUGAAGUGAAGGCAGAUGAAGUGAAGGCAGAAGAAGUGAAGGCAGAUGAAGUGAAGGCAGAUGAGAAUUUUACUGUUGAUCUGGACUUCUUCAUGGGUGAGCUGGGCCUGUUAGAUGAAGAACCCUUAUCGAGCACAGCUAUAGAGCUUCCCCGCUCAGGCUCCAGACAGGAGUACCAGAAAGACCAGGAGCACUCCAUCCAGCCACUUCCAUCUUCUAAGAGAGGCUCAUCUCAGAGUCUGAAGAGCUCCCGGGCAGACAUUACAACAUCAGAUAUUGACACUAGGCUCUUCUCACUAAUUGCUCCUCCUCCUCCCAGAGAGUCUGGCUCAAGGGCAAAGGCCCGUUGCUCCACCCUGCCUUCCCGCCACAGAGGGGCUGAGGCUUGUUACAGUCUGCCACGACCAAGCCACUCCACCAGCCUCACGAGGUUUCAGCAGGCGGCCACUCUUACUCCCCUGGUUCCUCUGGGCACUUCAGUCUCAGGCUCUCCCAGCCCAUUCUCUCCCAGCCCAUUCUCUCCCCCACACACACCAGUGUCACCAUCAUCACCACAUCCCCCGCAGUCCCCAUCAGCCCAACAACCCAAACCCACAAGUGAACUAUUUGCGCUGAAAGGUCCUCCACCUCAACAGCCUCGCUCCAGGGGUAAAGCCCGGUGCUCCACCUUGCCUGCACGACAAAGAGCCCCUGAUCCUGAGGAGCCCACCACCAAGCCUAGCCAUUCCACCAGCUUUACAAAGCUGGGGGACCGGAUCCCCCCCUCCCCCAGUGAACUGAAGCGUAAGAGUCCGGUAUGAGGAGAGCUGGAAGACAAGGGAAAGGGACAGAGGGUGGCAGAGGGAGGAGGAGGACUAUCCAGAUUAGCCUCUCCUGUCUGUGCCUGGAGCCUCACCCCUCCGUCUGUCCUCCCUAUCUGCAUACAUAAUACCUGGGGUCUGAAGAGAGACCAUCCAGAUCAACAGAACGUUCUUUUUAUCCUCUUAAUCUUCACAGAGAUGUUUAUGCUACUCAGUGGUUUAGGGCUGAACUAUACAAGGGGAGUGCUGGACAAUCCAGAGAAAGACUGCUCUGAAAGUCUCCCUGCUAUGCCCAAAGAAAAUACCACUGGACUGAACUCUUUCUAUUCUUUUUUUGUUUGUUUUGAUGAUUUUUCUUGUUUUUUCUGGUUUGACUUUGUCCACAAACACAGCUCCGUAGCCAACGCUCCUCCUGUUAUUUUCAGUCCCACACAUGCAGCAGUGCGCCUUGUAGACAAGAGGAAGAUGGAAAUAUAUACAGCACAGCUAGUAUCAACAGUUAUGCUUGUAGAUCUACUGUUCAUUUUUUAGAUGUUUUGAUAUAUAAAAAAAAUGUAAAAUUAUAAUAAAAG